GCGAUGGGGGGAGCUUGCACACAUGGCUCAGGAGGCUCGAGUUGCUCUUGGGAGCGGCUGCCAGGCUCUAAAGUUCCCAAGUGACCACACAAGUAACUAAAUAUAGGAGCAGCUGGUGCGGACGGGGUGUCGCAGCAGCUCCUUUGCACAGAUCUCAGGGCUGUAGGUAAGGCCCAGGUCCCCUUUUGAGCAGCAGACCGGCCUGGUGGCUGGCAGCAGAACACCCUUGUCUGCAUGCUGAAGAAGAUGGGUGAGGCUGUGGCCAGAGUUGCGAGGAAGGUCAACGAGACGGUGGAGAGCGGCUCCGACACCCUGGAUCUGGCUGAGUGCAAGCUGGUUUCCUUCCCCGUCGGCAUCUACAAGGUCCUGCGGAAUGUCACCGACCAGAUCCACCUCAUCACGCUGGCCAACAACGAGCUCAAGUCCCUCACCAGCAAGUUCAUGACCACGUUCUGUCAGCUCCGAGAGCUCCACCUGGAAGGGAACUUCCUGCACCGUCUCCCCAGCGAGGUCAGCGCCCUGCAGCACCUCAAGGCCAUCGACUUGUCCCGGAACCAGUUCCAUGACUUCCCCGAGCAGCUCACCACCCUGCCUGCCCUGGAGACCAUCAAUCUGGAGGAGAACGAGAUCGUGGAUGUGCCUGUAGAGAAGCUGGCCGCCAUGCCCGCCUUGCGCAGCAUCAACCUCCGUUUCAACCCGCUGAACGCCGAGGUGCGCGUCAUCGCCCCACCACUCAUCAAGUUUGACAUGUUCAUGUCUCCGGAGGGCGCGCGGGCGCCCCCACCGUAGGCCUCCCCCCUCCUGCCCACCCACCAAGGGACAGAGGCCACCUGGCAUGGCGCCCUGAGGGAAGGGUGUCCCAAGGCCCAUGGGAGGCCAAGGUUGGGGGGCUGGGGAUGGGUGGGCCGCACAGCGUGGUGGGGGGUGCAGCUGGUCCAGGAUAGAUAGCUUAGAGCAGUAGCGGGCCCUGGAAUGCCCAGAGGGAGGAGGCGAGGUGGGGGCUGGAGCCCGAACUCCGGGUACUCACAGCUUCUGUGCAAACCUGGGCAGACCCCCACCAUCUCUGAGCCUUGUUAUUUGGGAAAAGGGGUGGAGGGGGGCCUUUGCCUCUUUUAGGCUCCUUGGAGGCUCUUUAGGCAACACGUGCCCCCAAGUCACCCUCAAAUCCUCGGGCGCCUUCUGAGCCCACAGACAAGCAUCGCGGAGCAUUUCCUGGGCCCCUGUGAGGUUGAGGCCUUGUUUCUAGUGGUGAGAGCCAGUCGCUGCCCUGAGCGGAAUAGAGGACAACCUCCAUCUAUUUAUUGCUUCCUGAGGACCCGCCGGAUGAGGCCCUUCCCAGUGCCCCAACCUCACCCUGUGGGUCUCUGCACCGGUGGGAAUGCUGUGGAGAGAGUGUGGCCGGCGCUGCAGCAGAGCUGAGGAUGGUUACAUAGGAGCCCAAGGCCUGUCAGGCCAGGGGACCGGGGAACAAAUCGAGUCGGCUCUGUCCUUCCUCAUGAUGUCGGUGGGGUGGGAAGUUCCGAGUGCUCCUCGGGACUGAGCAGGUGUGCCUGGCCUCACCCUUUGAGCCACAGGAGAGGUGGCCCAGAGAGAAACAAAGCCAUGUGUGCCUGUGGCUCUGGUCCCGGGUAAUUAGAUGGCCACUCCCACCACGUUCUCCCUCUGGCUGCCUUGUCUUUGGUCCACCUGGGGGCAGAAGACACCACAGACUAUUGGAUUUGUGGCUGGCCAGCUCCCAGGCCACCAUCCAAAGCCCUGCUGACCUAGUCAUUUCUAGGCCCUCAACCUGGAGUCUAGGAUGUGGCCAGGCAAUAGGGUGACCAACCAUCCCUGCUUGCCCAGGACUGAGGGGUAUCCCAAGAUGUGGGACUUUCAGUGCUAACACUGGGACAGUACCAGCAAACAGGGACAACUGGUCCCCUUACCAGGAAGGAGCCUGGGGCUCUUGCUUUAUGACAACGUCUGUGGUUUGUAGAACCCCUGACCUCUUGAUCUCCAGGAAUCUACCUUCUCAUCUGUGGAGCAAGCAGACUCAGAGCCCAGAGCCCCUCUGGUCUGGACCUACCUUUGUCUUGGUCUGUGGGAGACACCUGAGGCCCCAUGAUUUUGGGCAAGCCAGGCUACCCACAUCCUAUGUCCAUGGACCGGUAGCCACUCUUCUACUCC